GCUGUCGAGUUUAUGUCGAUCACAAGUAAAUGUGAUAAGUGUUAAAAGAUAUUGUAUGGGUUAAAACAUAAUAUAUUUUUGUUUUGCUGAAUUUCGCGAAAAGUAUAAAUCACAAUCAUUAACAACUAGUAAUGUUAUGCUUGCAAAUAAGUGUUUAGAUUAGUAGUGCAUAUAUGUUAGGAAGUAACAAAUUGAGGAAAACAUAAAGAAAAUGCCUUUAUUUGGUGGUAAGGAAAAGAAACAGAAGAAAGAUGGACGAGAUAGCGACAAGCAGCCGUCUUUGGAAGACAAAUAUUACUUGAAGGAACUCUUGGGGACGGGAGCAUUCUCUGUUGUAAGACUUGCUGAAAGUAAGGAUAAUCCUGGUAUUAUGCACGCUGUGAAAAUUAUUGACAAGAAGGCACUUAAGGGCAAAGAAGACUCUCUAGAAAAUGAAAUAAAGGUGCUUCGUCGGUUAAAACAUCCAAAUAUCGUGCAACUUUUAGAGACCUUUGAAGAUAAAUCCAAGGUGUACCUAAUUAUGGAAUUGGUUACUGGUGGAGAACUCUUUGACAGAAUUGUAGAGAAAGGUUCCUAUACAGAAAAAGAUGCGGCUGAUUUAAUAAGACAAGUUUUGGAAGCAGUAGACUAUAUGCACGAGCAAGGAGUUGUACAUCGUGAUCUUAAGCCGGAGAAUUUGCUUUACUACAGCCCAGAUGAAGACAGUAAAAUAAUGAUUAGUGAUUUUGGGUUAUCUAAAAUGGAGGAUUCUGGCAUAAUGGCUACGGCAUGUGGAACUCCAGGCUAUGUUGCUCCAGAAGUACUUGCUCAGAAACCAUAUGGUAAAGCAGUAGAUGUCUGGAGCAUAGGCGUAAUAUCCUACAUUUUAUUAUGCGGAUAUCCUCCAUUCUAUGAUGAAAACGAUGCAAAUUUAUUUGCCCAAAUUCUUAAAGGUGAAUUCGAAUUCGAUUCUCCAUAUUGGGACGAAAUAAGUGAUUCUGCGAAAGAUUUUAUAAGGAAUUUAAUGUGCGUCAAUGUUGAAAAAAGAUAUACUUGUCGUCAAGCGUUAGGUCAUCCAUGGAUUUCCGGUAACGCUGCUAGUAAUAAAAACAUUCACGGAACUGUAUCAGAACAACUUAAAAAGAAUUUUGCAAAGUCUCGUUGGAAGCAAGCUUAUCAUGCAACAACGGUGAUAAGACAAAUGCAAAAGAUGGCUUUGAGUAGUGGUAGCGGUGGGAAAAGUCCAACCCCCCAACGCAGCAUGUCAUCUCAGUCCGGUGGAACUCCGUGCGGAAGUCUAAAUGGUGCCCAGGACAAGUAAAUCCAGCUAACAAUUAAGAAAAACUAGUUCACUUGCGUCUUAAUACUGCGCUUUCAAAAAAUUAAAGUCAUGUUCUUAAAGCCUAGGGAAAAGAUACUUAGAUUUACUGAGCCCUUGCAAACUCUCACAUUAAAAUAAGUGGCUAAAUGAACUUGUAGGUGUAGAGGUCUCCAAGUAUAUUAAUAUUUUUAUUUAAUAGCACAUCUUAUUGUCUACUUUUUAAAUAGAUAAUAAGAUAAUGCAGAAUUUGUAAGGGGCAGUAGAGUAAGUAUUCAAAUCCGCUGUUGUUACAAUAUCAGUUAUGUUAAAUGCAUUAUGUGAAUUAUAACUGACAUUCAAUCGGUGAAAGAAAAUACUUACAGUUGGUUUGUUAUAACCUGGGUUCCACAGUUUUAGCCCAUUUUCAGAUCCACGAUAAGAGGUUCAUCAACAUCAUUAGCUCGACAACCCUUUCUGGGACUGAGAUUGUUCUAUUGUUGUCCGCCAUUCUCAUCUGUUCCUUGCUUUGUUUUUCCAGUUGGUACUCUUGGGGAGUUUUCAGAGUUUUUCUGCUUUUCAUAUAUCUUAAUUUGGGCGUUCAUUUUGACCUUCUCCCCACUUAUUAUUUUCUGUGGUAUUUCGUUCUGCUACACCCGUUCAAAAUUUCCUAUCCAGCGCAAACAUCCAAUCUUUAUGGGCGACGUGCAAGUACUUGGAGGGGAUACGAGAAACGAUCGUGCGCGAGUAGUGGAGAAAUCUUGAAUUUUUUACUGCACAUUUCAUAGAUUAUAGAUUUCAUAAAUUCAUAUUGUCAAUUGUCAUAUUUCAUAUUCGUUUUGUUUAUUUACACCUCCUGUCACUAAAGAAAAUGGGAUUUUGGAAAUGCUGUGUUAUAAAUUGUAAAAAUACAACAAAAAAUUGUCAAUUUAAGUUUUAUUCGUUUCCAACUUCGAAGCACAAAGCUACUACAAAGAGAAAAGUGGAUUUAUAUCAUAAAAAAGCAUAAGUAACAUAACCUAAAUUAUGCAUUAUUCUUGCGCCCGAUUUUAAAGUCAGUUUGAAAUAAAUAAUAAAUAAAAGUUAACUUUUAAGUGUAAAUUUUAGUUUCAUAACACUCACUUAGAGUUCAUUUUAAC